AUGCCAAACUUCAAGCAAUGUGUCUAUGGCCCGCACACUAGCUCUUUGUGUUUGUCCAAACCCCGAUCUAGGCAAUUGGACUGGUUCCCUGCGGAAAAUUUCACUGGCAACUUGAAUGGAGACGAUGACGAAUCGCCAUUUCUCUCGCUCGCGCGGGAGGCGUGGAACCACUCGAGCCAGAUCAUUGAAGUCUUUGUCCGCUCACUCGCCGUUUCACAUCUGCCGACUGUGACUCACCUUUAUGUUGCGGGCGCAAGCGUCAAUAAUAAUGCCAAGAUAUGGAAGUUGUUGCUUGCAUGGGAUGUUAUAUCUGCGCAGGCUCUAGAACGGGCUACUUACCGUCCAGGCGGACAUGCAGGUUAG